AAUGACCAGACUGACCUUUGACCUCCUCAGGUACAUCCACUACGUGUUUGACCUUGGCAAUGGGCCUAACGUCAUCAAGGGUAACAGCGACCGGGCUCUCCAUGACAACCAGUGGCACAAUGUGGUCAUCACCCGUGACAACAGCAACAUCCACACGCUGAAGGUGGACGCCAAGGCAACCAGCCAGGUGGUCAAUGGAGCCAAAAACCUCGACCUGAAAGGUAGAGUAUAUAGCAGAGGUGGUUCAGUGAACCAUGUGGGAUGACUAACCUUGCUUGAGACCUGAAUAUCCAUGUCCCAGAGCUAAUGCCUAGGCUUUACCUCAAUGGGCUAUUGUGGUUUUGAGUCGCACACAUACACCCUGGUUGAUUAUGUAGAAUUUGUUGAAUUAAUUAUCGUAAAACACUCUUUAAAAACAUAAUGUAUUUGCAAAUAACAGCUUAAACAGGACUGUAAAACAAAGCAUUACCAGGACUGUAAAAUAAAAUACUUGGUGAUAAAGCUUGACUCUGUCAGUACAUGUCGGUGUCCUCUCUCCUCCUCCCUCCAGGUGACCUGUUUAUCGCUGGACUGGGCCCUGGUAUGUACAAUAGCCUGCCCAAGCUGGUGGCGUCCCGGGAUGGCUUCCAGGGCUGCCUGGCCUCUGUGGACCUCAACGGCCGCCUCCCAGAUCUCCUCCAAGACGCGCUGUUCCGCAGCGGGCAGAUCGAGCGAGGAUGCGAAGGUACACCCUCCCUCAAAACCAUGUCCGACUCGGACUUCAGCUCAAACUCAAACUACAACCCAAACUACAACCCCAGAAACAACAAAAACUUCAACGACAGCUCAGGGAGCCCAUUCUUCCUCCUUAACUCCAACAGUAGCUCCACCUCCCUUGUACCUUACGCGCCCUCGUCCAUCCUACUAACCCUGCUGGUCACCUCACUCACCACCCAGACAGCCCUCUGUUAGUUAGAGCAGGGCUGGACAUUUACAACCAUCACCAACUGCCAUCUUUACAGUAGGUACAGUAGAUGUUGACCCUAACCAAUGGUCCAGGGUCAGUAUUAAUUCAUCCUAAUGUAUAAGGUUAGGGUUUGAAGUUGGGAAAUCAUAGAUAUGUGGUGAUGGGCUCUUAUCGGCCACAUUGGUCGCACGUUGAUGAUGUCACAUCAGCACAGCUCAAAGCAGCAGUACAGUAACAUCAGUAAACAUUAGCACAAGCACAACCCGGUGCUCCAUUGUUUUGAGAUUUUUCCCUUUUUUAUUGGUGUUUUAGGAGCUCGUCAUGAUUGAUAAUUACAGUCAUGUUUCAGAAAGACAGAAAAUACAUAAAAAACUUUUAAAAAACUUGAGUAACAUCUUGGCAGAUUGUGUAGAAGUGUUUCUGAACAUACAACACAGGGAGCUACUGGUAUGUUGAUUAUGUCCGUUUUGUAUACAAAACUUUUGAUUGUGUGGGCAUAUAAGUGAUCAAUUACUAUUUUGUUCUGUAUAAUAAGUCCUUAUUAUACAUAGCUAAGAUUGGCUAUUUGUUGGUUUAACGCACUAUACUGUACAACCCAAAUUUACAUACAGGUUGUACUAAUCUUCAGAUUAGAAAUGUAAUCGGCUAUUCUUGCCCAAGCAACAAUACAACUAUAGAGAAUAGUAUGAAUAAGAAUUGUAAUAUCUCUAUGGAGCCAUAUGAAAACCCCAGUCAGAUAUGGUACAAGAGCUUGUAUACAAUGUGCGCACAAAACUAAAAUGCCAAAGGUUUCAGUUUGUUUAGUGUUUAUUUUAAAUAUUCCAUGCAUAUCAACUAGCUGAAGAUGGCCUAUAGAAAUAUUUUUGCACUAGCAUCAAAUUUCAUUCAAAUUAAGAAUUAUUGCUGCAAAUACGCUAUGCUCUUUUGACCUUGAUUAUUCUUAAAAUAUAAUUUCUAGUUACUAUAGUUUUUGGUUUGUGGGCAAGUUUCCUGAGUCAUAACUGUUUGCAUGUGAAUCACUUUGUUUUCUGAACAUUUAUUUCCUUUUUCUUUUGUGUGAGUGUUUUCUCAUCCUGUAUUUAAUAUCAACCUAUCUGUUGUGUAUCUGUUUUUGUUAUGUUGAAAUGACCGUAUCAGAGAGCCACAUAAUGGUGCAGUAUAUACCUUAUAUACCUUUAACAUUAUGACUAUUGUAACUCAAUAUUUAUAACCCCAUAAGUCUUCCAAUCAUUACAAGUCUGAAUGUUACUUUGGGAGAUACAGUAUACACUGUGAUGUAUGUGUAUGUGUGAAUCCGUUUAUUUAUUUUUCACAAUAAAAGCUCAUAAAUCAUAUUUAUUUGGUCUUCUGUUGUAUCACAUCCAUGACAUUUCUUCUUUAUUGUAAUUUUGUUUGUCUGUAAGUGGUUAUGAGAAUGUGUGCACACAUAUUUGCAUCUGUGUGUGUAUUUUCACUUAUAAUUUUUCUAAAUCAUUGUCAUGUAAUGAACUUUCCUGUCAACAAAAAUGGCAGUGUAGUCAGUUGGGUUUUGGAGCACACAGUUGAACAGCAGAUGGAGAAGCAUGGUCAAAAAUGAUGAUUUUAUUAACAGUCUUGUAGGCAAACAAAAACAUUUACAGUCCAGGAAUUCAAGGCAAAAGUUGUUGUAGUUCAAAAAGUUUUUGUGGAAAAAAUGAACCAAAGUAGCCUAAUUACUAGCAACCUAACGGCGGGCAAAACAGCCAAACACUGCAAAAACUGCAGAAAGACUCACAGCUGAGUCUAUAUUAGGGAUCAUCAACUAGAUUCUGCUGCAAGCCGAUUUUUUUAAUAUAAUUUUUUAAAAUUACAAUUAAUUAAUUAAUUUGUAGACUGCAAAUUGACCGCAAAAAGCCCAAACAGAUAUCAUAUUUGACAUAAUCAUAUCAAACCUUGCUUACAUUUGUAUACAAUCACAUUAUGCAUGGGAAUACUUGGGAACAGAUAUGCAAAAUUCAAAUCACUUGGAGCUGAUUUCCUGUUGUUUUUACAGUCUUUUAUGUCCAACAAUGAAAAUGGUAAAAAUCAUAAAUACAUUUGCUCAGAAUACUUGGGUCGUCAAAUAAAACCAAGCCAAAUUCGGCCUGCGGGCCACCAGUUGGGGAACCCUGGUCUAUAGCCUACCUUAGAUGCUAAAACAACAGCACAUUGUCUACACACAACCAACAACAUCCCCCACUAUCAGAAUUAAUUAUCCCAAACAAUCCGUGGGAACUACCCUGGGCCCAGUUUCCCAUAAGCAUGUUAAGGCUAAGUUCAUCUUAGAACCUUCAUAGGAGCAUUGUUAAAUCUCCGAGCUGUUUCCCAAAACCAUCCUUACUAAAGUUGUACUUGAAAACGAAAUGUUCAUUUUUACCGACUGCCUUAGGCCACUUGUACAAAAGCUAACGCCUCCAUCACACCGACAUUGUUUUACAUUUCGGUACAUCAGAAGUACAUUCAUUUCUAAUGGAACGCUGCAUUUGCCUUGCAGCAGUGCGUUACAGAGGCAAUUGCAGUGUGUUCUGUGUGGUGCACGUUGGAUUUAUCGAAUGUAUGCAUCAAAUUGUAUGCAUAUAUGGCUUGACAGAAAUGGUAGCAGAAGGUGAAUGUUUAACUUUUGUUGCACACAUAUCCAGAUGAUGCUGCGUACCAUUUUGUGCAAUGGUGCUGUAGGUGUGAUCGAGGUGUAUGCGAUGCCCUUUUGCAUCACUUUAUACACAGAAGAUCUCCCUGCUAAACAUACAAUCAAGCUGUUUAUCUGUCUCUCUGUGACUGCUGAUAACUUCGGAAUGAAGUUGACACAAGGUUGCCAAUGUCUUUGCUAUUGUUACAAACAAGCGAAGAAUAAAAAUAUGCUUAAAUGAAAACCGAGAUCGCUGCAUAAAACAAUUAUGGUAGGCCUAUAGGUUAGGCUACAUAGUCCUAUAUAGUUCAAUCAUAUUGAAAUCAAUUUCAUGUUCAGUCAAUUGAGUUCUAUUUGGCAAAUUCUAUGCUACACUGUCACAUUUUUUCACAAUUAUAUGCCCAAUCCGUUAUUUCAGUACAUUAUUAUAGGGUAGGCCUAGGCAUUAUAAUAAGCUGCCUCAAUAUUUGCAACUACAGUUGAAGUCGGAAGUUUACAUACACUUAGGUUGGAGUCAUUAAAACUUGUUUUUCAACCACUCCACACAUUUCUUUUUAACAAACUAUAGUUUUGGCAAGUCGGUUAGGACAUCUACUUUGUGCAUGACUCAAGAAAUGUUUCCAACAAUUGUUUACAGACAGAUUAUUUCACUUAUAAUUAAUUCACUAUCAGAAUUCCAGUGGGUCAGAAGUUUACAUACACUAAAUUGACUGUGCCUUUAAACAGCUUGGAAAAUUCCAUAAAACGAUGUCAUGGCUUUAGAAGCUGCUUAUUGACAUAAUUUGAGUCAAUUGGAGGUGUACAUGUGGAUGUAUUUCAAGGCCUACCUUCAAACUCAGUGCCUCUUUGCUUGACAUCAUAGGAAAAUCAAAAGAAAUCAGCCAAGACCUCAGAAAACAAAUGGUAGACCUCCACAAGUCUGGUUCAUCCUUGGGAGCAAUUUCCAAACGCCUGAAGGUACCAUGUUCAUCUGUACAAACAAUAGUACGCAAGUAUAAACACCAAGGGACCACGCAGCCGUCAUACUGCUCAGGAAGGAGACGUGUUCUUUCUCCUAGAGAUGAACAUACUUUGGUGCGAAAAGUGCAAAUAAAUCCCAGAUCAACAGCAAAGGACCUUGUGAAGAUGCUGGAGGAAACAGGUACAAAAGUAUCUAUAUCCACAGUAAAACAAGUCCUAUAUCGACAUAACCUGAAAGGCCGCUCAGCAAGGAAGAAGCCACUGCUCCAAAACCGCCAUAAAAAAGCCAGACUACGGUUUGCAACUGCACAUGGGGACAAAGAUUGUACUUUUUGGAGAAAUUUCCUCUAGUCUGAUGAAACAAAAAUAGAACUGUUUGGCCAUAAUGACCAUCGUUAUGUUUGGAGGAAAAAGGGGGUUGCUUGCAAGCCGAAGAACACCAUCCCAACCGUGAAGCACGGGGGUGGCAGCAUCAUGCUGUGGGGGUGCUUUGCUGCAGGAGGGACUGGUGCACUUCACAAAAUAGAUGGCGUCAUGAGGAAGGAAUAUUAUGUGAAUAUAUUGAAGCAACAUCUCAAGACAUCAGUCAGGAAGUUAAAGCUUAGUCGCAAAUGGGUCUUCCAAAUGGACAAUGACCCCAAGAAUACUUCCAAAGUUGUGGCAAAAUGGCUUAAGAACAACAAAGUCAAGGUAUUGGAGUGGCCAUCACAAAGCCCUGACCUCAAUCCUAUAGAAAAUGUGUGGGCAGAUCUGAAAAAGUGUGUGUGAGCAAGGAGGCCUACAAACCUGACUCAGUUACACCAGCUCUGUCAGGAGGAAUGGGCCAAAAUUCACCCAACUUAUUGUGGGAAGCUUGUGGAAGCCUACCCGAAACGUUUGACCCAAGUUAAAGAAUUGAAAGGCAAUGCUACCAAAUACUAAUUGAGUGUGUGUCAACUUCUGACCCACUGGGAAUGUGAUGAAAGAAAUAAAAGCUGAAAUAAAUCAUUCUCUCUACUAUUAUUCUGACAUUUCACAUUCUUAAAAUGAAGUGGUGAUCCUAACUGACCUAAGACAGGGAAUUUUUACUAGGAUUAAAUUACGGGAAUUGUGAAAAACUGAGUUUAAAUGUAUUUGGCUAAGAUGAAUGUAAACUUCCGAAUUCAACUAUAUAUGUGGUAGGCCUUAUAUGAGCUGAUCCGUCGUCAGUAGGCCUAUUGUGGAAUAAUUAGGCCUAUAAUGUAAGAUUUGAAUGGAGAAAGCUUAUCAGAGAGCAGCGCUGCCUUUCUUUCAAGCCUAUCAGUAUCUACCCAUGCUCGAACAACACACUAAAAGACGGUACAUGGUCAAUCCGAUGUCUUCAUUGGCUGUGCAGCAUUUACUGUGAUAUGGUCUCAGCAGAAGUCAGGGCAUUCAUACUUCUUGCGUUUCGCGGAGCAGUGCAGAGCUGUUGUGGAGUGAGUUUGUUAAUACAGGAUCCCCCGCCCUCACCUAUUGUCAACCAAGCAUUGUUACAAAAUUUGAGAGGAGCGCAGCAUGAGGUAUGGAGCUCAAUUUGGCCUCUGCGUGCCUCUGGAGGCCACGAAAUUGCAUCACAACAUCCAUUCCGCGCCUCCGACCACAUUUUCAGAUCAAGCACAAAUUGGCGCUUAGCAAACUUUUUUUCUGCGCGGUGUCUUGGGAAAAGAUGCAUAAUUAAAACACUGUUAAGCCUAAAUUCCAUCACUAUUGGAAACCAGAUCCAGGUAAAGUAGUGUAUGAGAUUGGCCCAACAUGAAGACCCAGAAGCAUGGUGAGUUGACAGAAAUGUUACAAACUAAACAGUGGUUUCUAUGCAAAAUAAGCAAUGUGAUGACUUGGUCUAAGCAUGCAUGUAAAGAAGCACUUUUGCUAACUCAUACAAUUGUGAGCUCUCAUCAGAACAUGAAUAAAUGGUCCGUUCUAUCCGUGUUGCUUGGGACAUCCAUACCCCAUUUAAGUUUACAUUUUAUAUGGUUAAGGUAAGGGUUAAGGUUAGGGUUAGGUAAGGUUAGUGGUUAGGGUUAUGGUUAGGGACAUCCCAAGGAUCCCGGAUAGCAUUGACCAUUAAUAAAUAGGCAACUUUAAUUACACACGAAAUAACAAAAUAGGUUCGAAUCCGAUUUAAACUCUAGGCUCCCCUAUUGAUAAUCACAAAACAAUGUGACAGUUUAAUGAUAAUAUUGUCAUGCAGUUUUAAUCAGGGAUUAACAAUGGACUUUUAGUAGGCUAUGUUACAACAAAGUCAAUAAGUCAACAAAGUUACAAAUCAAUUUGGGGAGCAUCAUAAUCCUAAACUUCGAAUUUAAGCCAUAGCUUAUUGUAAUUGAAGAAAACUCUCACUAGAUGGUGCUAAUGCCUCUACCAUUGGGGGACAGCUGAAAGCUGAGAACUACAGGCGUUGAAGAGCAUUAGUGGGUAAAUGUCCAAUGCAGCUCUCAUUCACUACUGUAGGCAACAAUGCAAUCAAGUUCAUUCUGAAGGAAAACAAAAUGAGUGUUAAACUGUAUUUCAUUGUUUCUGUGACUCAUGUCAUCCCUGAACCAUCUUGUGUCGUUUGUCCUCAUUCCUUCAUGGUAAAACAUAUUCAUACUAACCUUUGUGUUUUCAUCACUCUUGAGCAGCAACGGUCCAUACAUACAUCUACAAAAUGUUAAAAAAUCCUAAUUGGGUUUGAUUAAAUACCUUAUUCAUUUAAAAUAAAAAUAUUGCCUUCAUCGUAUUCCUUUGCAGGUUUCCAUGCAGAUGUCUGUUUGUUAUUUCCUGUUGUCAUUUUCACUUGAAUAUUAAUAUUUUAGCAAAGUGUGUCUGAAUUAUGUGCAAUGACUGAAUAGGUAAACAUGUAGCUAAACCAAUGGUGCAGUGCCCUUCCGAAUAGGCCUUCAUUUGUUGAAGUGACAAUAUACAAUGUGUCUCAAUAGGCCCAGAAAUCUCCAAUCCAUAACCAUCUUCACCUACAUGUUUUUUCUGUACUGUUCCCAUCUAUUUAAUGUAUCCUUAUAGUUUGGUUGUCAUGGUAGUGUAGCCCUGACCCCUGACCCCUUCCUUAGAGAGGUUAAAGGGCAUGUCUAUGUUAGUAAAGCGCUUGCUUUAUUAACCGACAGUCAUUGGCCACCUACUAACCUUAUUUUAUCGUUUUUCGCUUUCUGUUCUUUUCGCUAACAAAGUUGGUUUCACCAAAGCUGACCUACAAGGU